AAAUAGUUUACGAAAGUGAUGAAAAAAGGUUCGUUUGAGAUUUUCUGUUGUAAAUCUAGCUGAUAAUAAAAAUAAAAAUUUGCCAAUAUAAUGGAUUUCACUAAUCGUUGCCGAGGAUGCCUGUCGAAUGAUGAAGAAACUCUGCGACCAUUGGAAGAAACAGUAACCAUACAACUAUUUGAAGAAUGCGUUGGUUUGAAGGCGAGCAAUAAACUUGGAUUCCCCAGUAACAUUUGUGGUUCCUGUUAUGGGAAAUGCAUAUCCUGGAAAAAGUUUCGUCAGCAAUGCUGGGAAACAGAUGAGUUGUUGAAUUUCAAACUCCAUCAUAACGAACAACAACAAAUAGUCGCAGAAAUCUCUUCGGUUCAAAGUUUCGAAGUUAUUGAAGAUAAAACAGAAAUUAUUUCUAAUGACAUACAGAGUAAUGUGUUUGAAACGCAUGAAUAUCAGUCUAUGCAGUCAGAAUCUGCCCCUGGGAAACUUAAAUAUUGUGAAAGCGAAGAAACAUCGCACUUUCUGGAACAAGAGGUGGAAAUCGAAGAAUUGGUUGAGGAAUGUGACACCAAGGAGACCGAGUCAGAUGAGGAGACCAUGGAAAUAUUUUUCUUGUCGGAGAAUUGUGAUGAUACUGAAAUUAAUGAAAGAGAUCAAGAAACCGUAUUGGAGGUGAGAGUUUCAGAGGAGGCUUCUUCGGAAUCUGUAAAUGAUGAAGAAAUUAUGAAAGGUAGAGAUUUUACCUGUGAACAAUGCAAAAUGCGCUUUCGAAGUAAUGAGCGAUAUCAUGCCCAUUUACGCAUUCAUAAAGGACUCAAACCGGAAGUUUGCACGGUAUGCCAAAGUGAGUUCAAUAGUUCGAGAGCUUUACGGAGGCAUAUGCAUAAACACUCAGAUGGUAAACAAUACUCAUGCAAGGAUUGUGACAAGAGCUAUAAAUAUGCCACCUCGUUAGCACUUCAUCGCAAAUGUCAUAGAGAUGUGGAAAGAUUUGUGUGUGAUCUAUGUCAAAAAUCUUUCAUUAGAUCUCACAGUUUAAAGAGUCACAUGCUGUCUCAUUCUACGGAUACUCCGUUCGAGUGUGAUCAGUGUCAGAAACGAUUUAAAAGUGAAGUUAUGCUCAAAAAUCACGUUUUCCGGAAGCACGAUGGCACAAAAAAUUUCCAUUGUUCGAAUUGUCAGAAAGCAUUUACCACGGCUGCGGAACUCCGAAUUCAUACGCGGAGUCACACAAACCAGAAACCGUUCAAAUGCAAGCUUUGUGUGAAGCGAUAUAAAACUGCAAGUCACCUAGCAGUUCACUUCCGGACAGCCCACACAUCGGAAAGACCUCAUGCAUGUGAUUUGUGUCCGCAAACUUUUGCUCACAGUAAAGUGCUGAAGCAUCAUCGCCUCACGCAUACUGGAGAACGGCCUUGGAAAUGCGAAAUUUGUCAGCGAUCUUUCCGCCAGAAAAGCACCCUGCAAGGACAUAUCAAAACGCAUGGCGAAAGAGGAACGAUUCUAAAUAAUGUCAACUCUAAUACGAUGUAGUUUAGUUAAUAGAAUAUUUGUAAAAAAAUGACAACUGGCACAAAAAUAAUGUAGAAAAUAUUUUGCAGGGCAGUCAUCAUACGAAUAAGAAAAUUACAUUU